UGCGCAAGUGACAGGUCAAGUUGAUUCGGGUCUGACGUACGGUAAGGACAUAAGCCUCUGUUUAGGCUUUUAUUUUAGAAUGACCACAGUGGCGAUGAACCUUCUGUGGUAACACUGGCGAAAAGAAUUUAUUUUAGACUUAGCCGGAGAGAUGGCUUUCAGAAGAAAACAAAGUUACGAUGGAAAAAUCGCCGGAUUAUACGACCUGGAGGAAACCAUCGGACGAGGCCAUUUUGCAGUGGUCAAGUUAGCAAGGCACGUCUUCACCGGUGAACGUGUGGCCGUCAAGGUGAUUGAUAAGACAAAACUCGAUGAUGUCUCUAGGGCACAUCUUUUCCAGGAGGUAAGAUGUAUGAAACUUGUCCAACACCCUAACGUUGUUCGGUUAUACGAGGUUAUCGACACUCAAACAAAGCUCUACCUCAUCUUGGAGCUCGGCGACGGAGGAGAUAUGUUCGAUUACAUUAUGAAGCACGAGAAGGGCCUCGAUGAGAAUUUUGCGCGCAAAUAUUUCAGACAGAUCGUGCAGGCUAUUCAUUAUUGUCAUAAACUUCAUGUGGUGCACCGUGACUUGAAGCCAGAGAAUGUUGUUUUCUUUGAAAAACUGGGAUUGGUCAAGCUGACAGACUUUGGAUUUAGUAACAAAUAUGUCCCAGGAAUGAAGUUGGAAACUUCGUGUGGUUCACUUGCGUAUUCUGCGCCAGAAAUACUGCUUGGGGAUUCCUAUGAUGCCCCUGCUGUUGACAUCUGGAGCCUUGGUGUCCUUUUGUUCAUGCUGGUGUGUGGGGAGCCGCCCUUCCAAGAGGCCAACGACAGUGAAACACUCACCAUGAUCAUGGACUGCAAAUACAAACUUCCACCUCAUGUAUCACAAGAGUGCCAUAACUUAAUAUCCCGCAUGUUGAGAAGGGAGCCGGAGGAAAGAGCUAACUUGGAGGAGAUUUCGAACCACUCCUGGCUGACCAAGGGGGACCCCACACCCACGCUUAAUGUGCCGCUUGUCUCACGGGAAAUGAUAUCUGAUGAAGACAAUGAGUACAUCAUUGCCAAAAUGGUGGAAGGAAAUAUCGCCAGCAAGGAGGAGAUCUUGAGUUCUCUGGAGAAGGACCAGUACGAUCACAUAACAGCCACAUAUUACCUCCUAGCUGAGCGCAGACUAAAACGCCAGCUCACAAUGAUGGCCACUGCUAUAUCUGACAACGGACCUCCCCAGGCUCCGCAGCACGUUCUCCGUAGAGUAGCAUCCGCAGGGCCAGGCCAGCUUAAUCUGGAGCCUCUUGCACUCUCUCCAAGAAUAAAAACCAAGACGUCCAGGGGAAGGUUUCCGCUUCGAGGCCUUGAGGCUGAUUCGCCAGAAGGGUGCAACGGGAUCCAGGAGUCCCAUGUGACCCAGGCCGAUAUGUUUAAGUCUGCACAGCUGGUCGACUCCUUGGUGUCCCCCAUCACGGCCCACGCCCCCUCACCUUUGACCUUCACCUCCACCGCUGGUCCAGGCGAGAGGAGGAAGUUUAGCCUGAUUCGGGAGGAGUCUGGAGAAGAAGAAUCAGAGACGGAAAUGUCGGAGAAACUGGCAAUGGGUGGGGUGGAACCCAUGGACGUGGACUUUGAUAAGAAUUAUGAAGUGAAAAUGACAAAGUCUCUGGAUGAGGUGUCCAGUGAUUCUGAUUCCCGGAGCGGAAGCGAAACCAGUCUCAGUCGCAAGGCUCUAGCUCUGCGUCGCCCUGUCACCAGCAGGCCCACACUGAGGUCUGUUAGCAGUUCCCCGCAGCUCCUCAACCAGAUAUUUGAGGAGGGAGAGUCUGAUGGGGAUGACGAUCUAAUUCAGCCGUCAGACAGUUCUCGGCCGCGUGUCUACAACACACAACACCACCACCACCCGCUGGCCUCGCCAGAGCUGCUGCGCAAACUGGGCCGAAUGAAAAAGAGGCGAGGCAGUGGCCAGAGGGGAACCAGCUGCAGUAGCUCUGACGCCAGUGACACAGAUGACCCAGAUUCGAAAAAGAGGAAAGAGAAGCUGAAGCACAGGUUUCCCCGGAAGGACAGCAGUGAUACCUCCAGUGAUACAGACGGCCCUGGGGGGUUUGGGGGAGGCCCUGGGGGCCAUGGAAGUGCAUCUGGACCAGGGGGAAAAGGAGGGGGCAACCCUAGAAGGGACCGUAGGGAUUCUGACAGGAAAGGAGGCAAGGACAAAGGUGGUGGCAGUUCUAGUAGUUCAAAGGGCUCCAAAAAUUCUAAAAGUGGAAGCAAACGAGCUGAGCAUGGGCCUGCCACUCUGACAGACAUCCCUGAACAGCCCAAACAAGCUGCUCAGGGAAAGCCCUCAGUAAGUGAGGCUGGGAAGCAGCAACAGGCUGCAGGUGGAACAAAAAACAAUCACAACUUGGACAACAUACCUGAACAAUCUGGGGCCGACUCCGACCAGUCUUUACCUGUUAAAGCAGCAGCUAAUGGUGCCCAUCACAUACGAAAGUCCAGCAACCUUAGUCUGGCGUCCAACAUCUCUAACCUCAGCCUCAGUAGUAGCUUAACCAGCAGGAGCAGUAAGUAUGUGGUCGAUUCCAACGCGGGUACCCCAAGGACUAGUCGUGACGAGGUCGACAAGGGGCACAAGAUUAACGCCAGGAUUAUUCAUGUGAUUUCUCGGGAAUUCAGUGACAUUUACGAGCGUCUGAGCAGGGAGGGGAGCUUAAAGGAAGACAAUGGGUCCAUCUGCUCAAAUGACUGCUCCCUCAGGAACAACAGUCAGGUGAAAAGACGCUCAAAAGAAAAAGUGAAAGUGGAUAUAAACAGUAAUGGACUAAGAGACAAAAUGGUCCUGAAUGCAGGGACAACUGAGAUUGCUGGAAAGGAGGAUGGGAUUUAUCAGAAAAAUCUGGAAAACAUAGAUCAGUUUUGA